AGGGGCGGGGAGAACGCCGUCUUCCGGCCUCCCAAGGGCUGCUUCCUGGCCCGGCCAAUGGGGGAGCGCGUUGCUAGUCGGUUCCGCGGCGUCGCGCUCUGAGGGGACCUCGGCGGCGUCGGCCCGGCAUGGGCGGCCCGCGCUCCUCACUGGCGUCCCUUCGCUGAGCAGCCGCGACAGCCAUGGCCGGCACCUCCCGAGACCUGGUGGGCACCGACGUCUUCGACGAGGCCGUGCGGAGCACCUGCGACGUCGCCUCCCACUGCAAGCGGUAUGCUGUCAGUGUUGGCUACUGGAAGGACCCUUACAUUGAAUAUUUUGUAAGCCAUCCAAAAGAAAGGAAGGCACCUGAAAUCAGCCGUGGGUAUUAUGCCCGGGUCCAAGGAGUUGGUCGUUUACUUAAGGCUUUCUUAGAAAAGACAAAAUGCAAUUGCCAAAUUAUAAAUCUUGGUGCCGGCAUGGAUACUCUGUUUUGGAAAUUAAAGGAUGAGAAUCUUCUUCCUUUGAAAUACUUCGACGUUGAUUUUCCAUCUAUAGUAUCAAGAAAAAUUCACUACAUCAAAUCAAAGCCUCCUCUCUCCAAACCGAUCAUGGAAAGCCAUUUAGGGGAGACGGUUCUCAUAGAUGCACAUAGUUUGGACACCAGCCGAUAUGCCAUUGUUGGAGGUGAUCUUCGAGAUCUACCCAAACUGGAAGAACAGCUGAAGAAAUGCAACAUGGAUCCAAAUUUGCCAACACUACUGAUGACGGAAUGUGUGCUGAUCUACAUGACCAUGGAGCAUUCGAUUGACCUCAUUAAGUGGGUGGCAACCACAUUUCGGUCUGCCAUGUUUAUCAACUAUGAGCAGGUGAAUAUGCUGGAUCGCUUUGGACAGAUCAUGAUUGAGAACUUGCAGAGUAAGCAGUGCGAGCUGGUGGGUGCAGAUGCUUGCAGAUCUCUGGAGACCCAGAAGGAACGAUUCCUGCAAAAUGGCUGGGAAACAGUAAAUGGUCUUGAUAUGUUGAAGGUCUAUCAGAGUUUGCCACCAGAUGAGAUCAAAAGGAAUGUGCAGAACUCACUGAUAACCUCAGAAAACUGCCCCGGAAGGACAAGGUCUGGAGGGGGAAAGGAACAUUCCAGGGUUCAACGGAACGUUCUGUUCCUGAAUUGGAUAGAGGCACUUGAGUUCCUGGAUGAGAAGGAACCAUUUGAGCAGCUCAUGCAACAUUACUGCCUGUGCUGGGCUAUCAAGGAUUCCCAGAAUUUAGGCCUUGCAGACAUUACUCUGUGACGCAUUUGCUCCAGUGGAGCUCCAGGUGAAUCUGCUGCCCCCUCCCGGUGGGCCUCUGCAUGCAUCUGCUGCCCCCCCUGCUCCUGUGGAAGUGUGCGCAGGUGAACAUGAGCCUUGGAGCUGUGGCAAGCAGCCUCCUCUCCCCCGUUCGUGGCACGUGACAACCUUUUGAAUAAAUUACUCUUUUUGUGAGCAGCCGAAAAACAAGCGAGUCUCUCACCCUUUUGUAGGGAUUUUUUCUAAAAAAAAAGUGGUGUUGAUGAACGGAAAGGGAUUUGGAUUCCUCCUAGAUGUCCGAGAGUUCUUGUCCUGCUGGCUGGUUCAGAACUGGGCUGAGUUUUUCCCCUGGGGAAACGCAGGGGGCCCUUUUGGCUGCCAGCAAUCCCCUUCUCCCUGGCCUCAUUUUCCUUCCUGAAAUGAUGUUUCCGGUGCAUUUUCACCCUCUUCUGCCUUGAGUUUCUUGGUGUCUCCCGUAGGACUCUUCUUUCUUCUUUCCCCCCCAAAGGGAGCUGGCUGCAGUCUGGAAGCUCUCACUCUCGCUGAGGGGGUGGGAAUUGUGUUGGUUUUGGGCCGCAGCUUCUGGGGGCUGUAUUGAGAUGCACUCCUGACCCUGAGAGAGUUAAUAAAUGGUGACGUUUUGUAAA